AUGUCCGCCAAAGUCGUCCUUGUCACUGGUUGUUCUAAAGGAGGCAUCGGAUUUCACUUAUGUGAAGAAUUUGCUAAAGAGGGAUGCACAGUCUAUGCCACCGCGCGCAAGGUAGAGAAAAUGGAGGGUUUCGUACACCCAUCUAUUCACAAGCUUGAGCUCGACGUGGUCGACGACAAGAGUGUCAAGCUCGUGAUAGACCACGUCAUCGAGCGUGAGGGAAAGAUAGAUGUCCUCGUUAAUAAUGCCGGUGUCCCAGCAUUCGGUAAUCUUUACUUCCAAUCCCAGCGACCCGCCCUUGAGGUUCCGUUGGACGAAGUCAAGGCCGCGUUCGACGCCAAUGUGUUUUCCAUUCUUCGUGUCUCUCGAGCCGUACUCCCACACAUGGCUUCCCGAAAGCAAGGACUCAUCUUGAACGUCGGGUCCGUUGUCGGAGAGAUACCUACGCCAUGGUCCGGCAUCUAUUCCGCCUCAAAGGCUGCUGCUCACUCCGUCACCCAAAGUAUGUGGAUGGAAUGCAAACCCUUCAAUGUCAAAGUAAUGCUCGUAGCCCCCGGCGGCGUCACCUCCAACUUCGUAGCAAGCUACGGACCGCAAUACACCCUCGCCCCCGACAGCCUCUACACCGCCUACCUCCCGCACAUCAUCCGACGAAUGUGGUCCAGCCAGACCCCGCAAUCGAUGCAGACGGACGUUUUCGCUCAGAAGGUGGUAAAACAAGCACUUGCUUCGUCCCCGCCUUUUUAUUUCUCGGCGGGAAAUAAUGCGACGAUGUUUGGGUUCGCGAGGUGGUUGCCGAGGACUUGGAUGUUGAGGUAUCUUUGGGGGAUGUUCAGUGGGCCUGUGAAGAACAAGAGUUCUUGA